AUGAUUGCUCUCUGUCGCGUGAAGUGUUUUAUCGUUCAAUUGCAAGAAGAAUCUCAAAGCAUACCUGUUCUUCCUCCCCCGGUGGAAGAUAUCAUUUCGCCUAUAUGCAUUUUGUUUGUUGGUUCCAGCACACCCACAGCAGAAUGGAUGCGAAAGUAUGCAAGACCUCUUGUUGUUCGUAGGGAAAAGGUACGAUUAGCGUUGUUGUGGUUGUGCAAACAUAAUAGACACUAUCAAAAUGUAUCAGUGGACGAGCACAUGCUCAAUUCUUUAAGUGAGGAGUCCAUUCUUCCCGUUCAUGUAGAAGUAGUCUCAUGUGAGGAGGAACAGGAUGUGCUCACUUCUCGGUAUGAGUCUUGCAUUGUUGAGGAUAUCAACCAAAAUGAAGUGGCCGAUUCUGCUGCUGAUUCAUUAUUUCAAAGUGUUGUUGUUACAGAUGUGGAGGCUACUGCACCUGCACAUGAGCUUUGCACUGCAGCUCUUUGUCAUGUGAAGGAAAAAGGAGGGGGCUACAUUCAAAUCCCACAUGGCUCAAGCCCUAUGAAUGAGUUCACCAACCCUGACUUGUUUCCCAUGAUUUAUCCUACUUUGUUUCCUUUUGGUGUCAGCGGCUUCGAACACCCUUGGCAUAGUACAAAACUGUCUUUAAAGCGUCAGGUGAAGCAUCUU